AUGAGUGACGGCGAGAAGGUCCGCGCCUCUGGCGAGACUCCCCGGGAGCAGUCUUUGCCCACCGUCAACCCCGCCGCUGAGAAGGAGCAGCCAAGCGCCUCCUUCCACCCCGCAGUCUAUGUGACUACCUGGAUUACUCUCAGCUCAGCUGUUAUCCUCUUCAACAAAUGGCUUCUUCACAAAAAGCAAUUCAGCUACCCCAUCAUCCUCACGACAUGGCACUUGACCUUCGCUACCAUCAUGACCCAGAUCCUCGCUCGCACCACAACCGUCUUGGACGGCCGCAAGAAGGUCAAGAUGACCGGCCGUGUCUACCUCCGUGCAAUCGUGCCUAUCGGUGUGAUGUUCAGUUUGAGUUUGAUCUGUGGUAACAUGACCUACCUCUACCUGAGUGUUUCCUUCAUUCAGAUGCUGAAGGCCACCACACCCGUGGCUGUGCUGCUUGCUACCUGGGGUAUGGGUCUGGCCCCGGCCAACAUGAAGGUUCUGGGCAAUGUUUCCAUCAUCGUGAUCGGUGUCGUCAUUGCCUCCAUUGGUGAACUCCAAUUCAACUUGGUCGGUUUCCUGUACCAGCUUGGUGGUAUUGUCUUUGAGGCUACCCGUCUGGUCAUGGUCCAGGGUCUGCUCAGCUCCUCCGACUUCAAGAUGGACCCUAUGGUUUCUCUGUACUACUUUGCUCCCAUCUGCGCUGUUCUUAACGGUGCUGUGGCUCUCUUCCUCGAGAUCCCCAAGGUUACCAUGGCGGAAGUUUAUGCCGUCGGUAUUCCUGUCUUGCUGCUCAACGCUCUGAUUGCGUUCCUGCUGAACGUCUCUGUUGUUUUCUUGAUUGGCAAGACCUCUUCUCUCGUCAUGACCCUCUGCGGUGUCCUCAAGGAUAUCCUCUUGGUUGCUGCCUCCAUCAUGUUCUUCCACGACCCUGUCUCCAACCAGCAGUUCUUUGGUUACUCCAUUGCUCUCGGAGGUCUGGUCUGGUACAAGCUUGGUGGCGACAAGAUGCGCGAGUACACCUCUGGUGCUGGCCGUGCUUGGGCUGAAUACGGUAACAACAAGCCUGCCCAGCGCCGCUUUGUGGUCAUCGGUGCCGCUGUCCUCUUCUUCUUCCUUUUCAUCGGCUCUUUGAGCCCCAACUACACUCCCGACAGUGUUGGCCGUGUCAAGGGCUACCUUGGCGGUGCCGCUUCCGGCAACGCUUAA